AUGGCAAAAGAAUCAAAAGUUUCUAAAGCACAAGUAAAGGGGUCUGAGCAAACCUUAGAUGAGUCUACAUCUGCUCCUCAAACCUCUGUUACUGAGCCCACUACUCAUGAUGAUCACAGCACCAAAACCACUGCUGUGAAACCCCCACCAUCCAAAUCCAAAAAGACCAAAUCAAAAACCAAAAAGCCUACCAAACCCACAAAUAAGGGUCCUCUAGAAGGUGAGAUCCCAGAGAUGGAAAGAUCUCAACCUGAAACCUUAACUCCUCAUGUUUCCUCACAAAAGGAACAUGUUGUAAGCACAUGGACACCACCAUAUGAAUCAUUACCCUCACUUGAGAGUAUGAUUAAUAGCCCCUCUCCUAGGGCAUUUUCUCUUUCUACACCACUCACUUCAUCUCCUAUUCCACCAACCAUUAUACCUCUAUUUGAGGCCAUUGAAAUUCAGACACAAAACAAACCCUCUCACCAACACAUUACUGAGAGUACACCUUCUACAUUGGCUGUGUCUGACCCCAUUCAAUUAGCUAACCCACAAACAACUGAGGAGGAUACACCACUUGAAUUUCCUGAAAUUCUUGUUGGUAGUUCAAGUGGAGCAGCUACUACAGAUGUUGGCUCCACUGAUCUACAUCUAGACAAUAGUUUCAUAAGUAAGACUCCCUUGAAGGCAACCACUACUGUGUCUACCAAGGUAACUACUGGUGUGUUCAAGUUAACCAGUGGUGUGCUUUCUAAGGUAUCCAGUUUUGAAGAGGAAAGUCCCCAGAACCAAGAACAAGGGGCAUCUACUAAUGAAAAUUUUGAGACUCCUCCUGUUUCAAAAGCAGAUACAACCACCUCUGGUGGGAUUUCAGAUGAUCCUAUUUAG